AUGCGUCAACUUUUCUGUGUGCACAUAUUCCUAUGCUGCCUUGGUAUGGCUCAGCCUUUCUGUCCAUCGCAGUGCACCUGUGUCUUCCAUGGACGUACUGAUGGAAUAGGAACCAGAUCUGUGCUCUGCAAUGACCCAGACAUGUCUGAUAUCCCUGUCAACGUUCCAGUGGAUACAGUUAAACUUCGUAUUGAGAAAACCGCUGUACGCCGAGUCCCAACAGAAGCUUUUUACUACUUGGCAGAGCUACGGUACCUGUGGAUUACUUACAAUUCCAUAACCUCGGUGGAUACUGGAAGUUUCUACAACCUCAAAGUGCUCCACGAACUCAGGCUGGAUGGAAAUAUGAUCUCCAUGUUCCCCUGGGAGUCUCUAAAAGAGAUGCCAAGGCUGCGAACACUGGAUCUGCACAACAAUAGACUCACCACUGUUCCCACUGAGGCUAUCCCCUACCUCCUCAACAUUACCUACUUAGAUCUAUCCAGCAACAAAUUAACAACCCUGCCCUCUGACCUCAUGGAUAUCUGGCCUCCCUUCAACGGAGCACCCAUUUCUACUAAUUCCUCACAGAAAAUCGUGUUAGGUCUCCAAGACAACCCCUGGUACUGUGACUGUAAAAUAUCCAAGUUAAUAGAGAUUUCCAAAAUGACAGACACCCCAGUGGUGUUCAUGGACCUAUUCCUGACCUGCAGUGGACCAGAGAAUCUGGCUGGUGUCCUUUUUCAACGUGCUGAACUUGACAAUUGUGUAAAACCAAUAGUCAUGACUUCUGCAACCAAGAUCACAUCUUCUUUGGGCAGCAAUGUUCUCCUGCGAUGUGAUGCCACAGGGAUGCCCACACCAAAUCUGUACUGGGCUAAAUCAGAAGGUUCUCCAGUCAACAACACAGUUCAGGAGUCACCAGGGGAGGGCAUCAGGUGGUCCAUCAUGAGUUUGCAUGGAAUAUUGUCCAAAGACGCUGGGAACUACAGCUGCAAAGCUAAGAAUGUUGCUGGCAGCGCAGAAGCCACUAUUUCUCUCUCAGUUGCUGGUACCAUUAGUACCACAAUCCCACCUGAUAAGCAAAGCAUGGGAACUGGACCAACCAGCCAAGGCACAACAAUGACUCCCACUACAGACAUAACUGACUCACCCUUUGUAACAUCUACAGUUCCUCCAGGAACAACACCAACCCAACCUACUGUACCCAAGAAGCCGAAAACUACCCCCAGCAACGGUUUACAGAAGGGCUCACUAAAACAAACGAAGAAUCAACAAGGAGGGAAUGGGAGGAAGCUUGCAGCGGAUGAAAAAAGCAAGAAAAGUGAUGCAUCAAAGUCUGUCAAGGACCUAAAGAUUGUAGAGGAAACACCUGACAGUGCUGUGUUGCUCUGGACAGCAGAUGGGUUACCAAACGAUGCCCCAUUAACAGUUGUGUUUUCACCCUAUGGUGAGGAUGAAACCAAAAGGACAGAAGAAACUAAUGCUGGCAGUGGAAAAGUCCUUCUUGAGGGUCUUUCAUCUGGGAUGAGGUACUCAGUUUGCCUCAUAGCAAAAGGUAUUGAUGCAGGAAAAGAUCCGUGCAUUGACUUCUACACACUGGACAUUGUCGAGGAUAGUGGUCAGAACCAGUUUUUCAUGAUUAUAAGUGGCAUUGCCUGUGCUUUGGUAUUGCCUCUCAUUGUGCUGUUGGUCUACAAGAUCCUCGCUCUCUACUGCAAAGGACGUGACCCAGCUUUGGAUGAGGAGGAGCUGGAAAAAGAGAGCUAUGUCAAGUUCGAGACAAUUUCAAUGAAACAACGAACUCUGAACUCUCAUCCAGCUGAGUUUUGGGCAAGGAGAGCAACCCAUGACUCGGAGAGAAUGCUCCUUUGCUCCAGGUCGAGCAUAGACUCUCAGAUGACCUAUAAGAGCGACAGUUCCCGGUCUGAGUAUCUCUGCUGA